UGUUCGUAGAGGGGGGCUCAUAGACGAGAGUUUCUCUGUUGAGAGAAAAGGAAAGGUAUAGAAAGAAGAGAGAGAAACACACAGAAAUUGUUAGAGAGAGAAAGUCACCCACUCUAUAUGCCCUUUGAACAAUUAGAUUUCACCUAACAACCAAGAACCUUUCUUUCCCUAUCAAUUUAAUUUUCUUUUUUUAUUUGGAAUUCUUGUUUCUUACAUCAUUUUUUCUUCCCUUUUGGGGGAUUGGGUUUCUUUUUUCUUGUUGUUGUUCUUGUUAUUAAAUCAAAUAUGCUUUGGAAAAGAUACAUGCUUCAAUCCAAUUCUUUUUGGGUUUUAUCUUGCCGUUGGAAUAUGUGCAAUUUUUGUCCAGUUUAGGUGUUUUGCUGCAUUUGGUUUCAGUUUUGGUUUCUGGGUUUUUCUAUUCAUACUGUAUAGGAAUAAAGAUUGGACCUGUUUAUUAAGCUUGAAUCCAAAUUAUUUUUUAGGGUUUUGUUUAGUGCAAAAUAGAAAAUGUAUAUUGAAGAACUGAAGGAGGAGGGGGAAGUAGUUAACAGGGAAGAGAAGUUUUGUGAUGAUACUUGUGAAGGUCCAUUGGCUGUUUCGGAUACGAAAAGGGCUUUGGUUGGAGCGGGGGCUCGUGCUCUUUUUUAUCCUACAUUGCUGUAUAAUGUUGUGAGAAACAAGAUUCAGACUGAGUUUCGAUGGUGGGAUAGGGUUGAUGAGUUCAUACUGUUAGGAGCUGUUCCAUUUCCUGCUGAUGUCCCUCGCUUGAAGGCUCUAGGUGUUGCUGGAGUGGUCACGUUGAAUGAAUCAUAUGAGACUUUGGUCUCAACAUCAUUAUAUCUUGAUCAUGACAUCAAUCACUUGGUGAUUCCUACCAGAGACUAUCUUUUUGCACCAUCAGAUGGAGAUAUUGACCGAGCUAUAGAAUUCAUCCACAUUCAUACUUUUAAUGCAUGUGACGUUGAAGGUAAUGCAUCUUGUGGGAAGACAACGUACGUACACUGUAAGGCCGGCCGUGGACGUAGUACAACCAUUGUCCUUUGCUACCUGGUCAAACACAAGGACAUGACACCUGAGACUGCUUAUGAUUAUGUCAGAUCCAUCAGACCAAGGGUGUUGUUGGCCCCCUCUCAGUGGCAGGCUGUUCAAGCAUACUACACAAGAGUAAAAAAUACUGAUAAUGAUGUUUGUAGAGAUGAUAAUUCAUCGAAAAUGCUUGACUUUCCAGCUCAAAAAGAAGUUGCUGUCUUUGAUGAUGGCUCGGUUGUUCUAGUCUCUGAAUGUGACCUUGAUGGAUACGAUGAAAGUGUUGAGUCAGAUCUAACACGUAACGAAGUGUUAGUGGAUUUAAACCUUGCAUGUAGAGGAGUUCAAGUUGCUCGCCAAGCAGCAAUUUCUCGGCUUUCAUACCUCUGGCUUCGCUAUCAUUCAACGAAGAAGCUGGGAAGUAUUGGCGUUGACAUCCAUGUUUAUUGAGAUGUCAUAUAUAUCCUAGGCUGUUGUCUGUUGUCCUUUUUUAUGGUGGUAAUAUUAGAUGUAUCCUCCCACCCCUUUUUCGUGUCCUCUGAGGAACUACAUCAAAAUUGUUGGAAAAAUGUAACUUUGAAGUUGUGAGAAGAGAAAGAUUCAACAAGUGUGCGUAGUUUAAUAAUAUGAAAGUGUUGCGAAAGAGCAUAACUGUAAUCAGUUGAGUUGUCUUUGUAAGGAAAUUCGUAUUACUGAAUUUUGAUGUGUCUAA